AUGAAGCUUUCGCAUAUCAUCAGCAGAGGCUCGGUCUCUGAACCGACAGAGUACUACACUCUCCGCAAGCACACACCUUGGGUUGCUUCGCCGCUCGAGAAAAUCCCAGGUAGCCAAGGGACAGAGACUCCACCGACUCAGACUGAAGGCAAACACACCGAUGGACAGCACCACGGUCUCCACUUCCACCACCAACAUGACCCCGAUACACCCCAUUUCAAGCACCAUCAUGAGUCGAGUACGGUCGAGCUCUUCUACGAUCUCUUCUUUGUUGCCAAUCUUGCGACGUUCACUGCCAAUCACGAGAUCACCGACGCGAAAAGUCUCAAGAACUAUGUUGGUUUCUUCACGAUCUUAUGGUUCACAUGGCUACAGACCUCGCUCUUCGACGUUCGCUUCGCGACUGACUCGGCCCUGAACCGUCUGUGCAAGGCUGUCUCAUUUGGUGUGAUGACGGGCUUUGCCAUCACAGGAGCUAUCUAUGACACAGCCGAUGUAGGCGAAAAUCUCAAGGCUUUUAAGGCGCUUGCUCUCAUCCUCAUGGUCUCACGCCUUGCACUUGUGGCGCAGUAUGGUCUGGUUCUUUGGUACGUCAAGGAGUACCGACGCACGCAUAUACCAAUACUUGCCACGAUGGCCACGCUUCUGGUCGCUGCGUUUAUCUACCUUGGCACCUUCUGGGGCUUCAAGGAGGGCCUUGCCGGCGAUAGUUUUCCCAUCCAACAUUCCGGCGAGUACACCUACGUCGCUUACUACGUCGUCGCCGUCUUCGAGGCAUUCUCGGUCAUAGUGAUUUCCUGCAUCUGGCGAAUCGUCUCUUUCAAGCACACCCAUCUGGUCGAACGCAUUGGACUCCUCACGCUUAUCAUCAUGGGCGAGGGCAUUAUUGGUAUGACCAAGUCCGUUAGCAAGAUCAUUCAGAACAGCAGCGCUAUCUCAUCUCGCGAUAUCGGUAUCAUCAUCUCAGCAGUGCUGCUCAUCUACUUUAUCUGGGUUCUCUACUUCGAUCAAAUCGAGAACGACCGAUUCGGGACAAUCCGUCAACAAGUCUGGGCACUCCUGCACUUCCCGCUUCACGUUGCAAUACUUCUUACCGUGGAAGGCUCAACUGCAUUGAUCAUAUGGAAUAUCAUCUGUCAGAUUGAUGACAAGUGGUGGGCGUAUGAGAACAUUUUCUUGCCAGUCGACGACAACAAUAAUUACGAUUUCGCCAAGUUCGAAUCCGCCGAGGCCGUGGUCGAAUACAUGAACAAGUCGAUCGAGACUAUCUCCACGUACUUCAAGCCCGGAACACUUGACGAGUACAUGAAUUACAACACAACCGAGGGGUUCGAAAUGAUCACAGAUCCCGAGCUGAAAUUCGACUCUCCUGAUUGGGUUGGCAACGCCAGCAACGUCAUUUACGAGAUCUUUAUCGGCGUCGAGAAUGCGUUCUUUUCCAGUUUCCAGAUCGAAGCACCUGAGCGCAGCAAUAGCCAGGGCAGUGCCGCCUCGAAUGAAAGCGCUGCCGAUGCCGAGUUUGACGAGUCUGUCAAUGAGAACAGUGCAAUCUACAACAUCUUCGUCACAGUCUACGAAUACUUCCCGAUCGCGGCUGGCGUAUUCCUCAUCAUCCUGGCAAUUCUGUUUUGGUUCGGCAAGACCAAGAAAACCCGUGGCGAAUGGGGCAGCAUCGGGGUACGCGCGUUCUUUGGCAGCGGACUCACCUUGAUGGCACUCGGACCAUACUUCGGGCCUCAGUCGUCGUCGGACGCGUUCUUCUACGGCCCAUGGGCUAUUCCAGUCGUUAUGCUAACGUUCUUCGUGGUUAUCGUCCUGGACAACGCAUUGGUCUGGUGGUGGAACAAUACAGUCGAGAGGAGGAACAGCGCCGGUGGGACUAGAGGCGAGCCGGUGGUACUGAAGACAAGCAAUCACGCGAGAGGAGACAGCAGUGAGGGAAGCGUUGUCUAG